CUCGGUGCCCGCCCCUGCGGGGUUCUCUGGUUGGUCGCUGUUGCUGACGUCACCGCCACGGCAGCCGCCCCUAUUGGCCGGCAGGCUGUGGAUCCUCUCGCCCCGCCCCUCUAUAAAGCCCUAUCCCGCCGGCAGUCAGGCGCCAUUUUCUCCCAUGCGAGUGCCAGGAGCGGUCGCGUCUUUCCAUCGAUCCGCGCCACGUGACCAAUAAACCGUUCCUGCCAAGCACGGAGUAAAUGGACAAAUUCCUUCCUCUUUGCCGGGUCCCUAGCGCACGGUAACAGAGACUGGCCAGCCCACGCGCCCGAGACACGGAGCCGUGUCCGGGAACCCGCGGCAGCAAACCCCGGCAGCACGUGGAAGCUACGCCACAGCCGGGCUCCCAAGAGCCGCGUGCAGCCGGGGAGAGCAAAAACCAGCGCCGCAGGCAAUGACUGAUAAAUGUCCCUACAUUUUUUUUAUUUUGCUGUAUUUUCAAUACUGGAAACAAUGAAGGUAUUUCAAAGGCAGUUGUAAUGAAAUACUCAAUUACUACAGACUUAGGUUUUUAGCAUGGGCGAUUAGAUGUGAAUAAAACCUGCGUGAUUUGGAAUACAAAGCCACUAAAGGUGAGGAAACGCAAAGGUAAGAAAAAAAAAACUGAAGUAGGACAGAGACAUAAAAAGGUGGAAAUGAAGUCAAAACCACAAAACAUAGAGAAGUGAUAGUAACAGCAAGCAUUUUUUUUCUAAAUGUUACUGAGGUGACAAAGGCAGCAUUCAGUAAAUAACACAGGAAUAUGUACCUUUUUCGACAACUGGCUGAUUGCAAAAAUUUUUGCACAACCUCACUGUCAAACCUGAAACAAUGCAGCUGCAACAACAUUUUUCUCAACAUUUCUGAGGCAUACUUAAAUCCUCUACUUAAUGUUAUAUAGACUGGAACCAAAACUAAAUUUAGAAGCAGCUGCUUUAACGGAAUUUUGGUUUUCUCAUAUUUUUAAUAUUUUAUAUAAGUGCGAGUGAAUAAUGAAAUCUGGAAAGGUGCUAUCUUCCAUGCAUCAUUUCCCACUAAAAUAUAAAUAUGAGGAGGAACAUCCAAAACACCAGAGUAUGAGAAUGGUCGUUUAGAGUGUUUGGGGAACCCUAUCAGGUUCUUCUGUUUCCUUGAGGGGCUGAAGGUCCUUAGGGCUGUCCUGGUCCUUUUCUUGAUAAAACAGACUAAGCACUGUGGUGGCUGGUUUGGCGUGAUUCUUUUCCCCCCGCUAAACUGUUUAUUUACGGAGAAAUAAGGUUUAAUGUUACCGAAGGAAUAAGGCAGGGCGUAACACGGGUGCUGCUGAGAGGACAAAGGAGGGAGAGUAGGCACUGAAUAGAUGGAUACAGAAAACCCUGAAUAAUUUCUAACUCGUUUCAAUCCGAACAAAAAAUACCUAAUGCAUUUCGAUAAUAUUCCUAAUGCAGUUUAUAAUCUGGGCGAAGGGAGGAAACACGGGGAAAAAAGGCCCCGCAGAACAAUAUCCUGCAACUCAGGAAGGUGUGCCAAGUCCCUUCGCUCCGCGUUUCGUGGGUAUCUUAAUCCUGGGUCAUCCAAUUAAAGAAAACCUCCUUCGGCGGUUUUACGAGCGCAGCACAUCAACUCCCUUUGUUUACCCACUGGAACAAGAUGUUCUUUCCUGUUCCGACAAGAAAAGGAGCUCAAACGCUAACGCCGGGUCCCUGCGCGCUGGCACCGGCCCGCCCGGGGCUGCCUUUGGUCCGGCAUUCCCGCAGCGGGUCCGGCCGAAGCCAGGAGGGCACGGGCGGGCACCGCCGGGGCGGGGAGCCAGCGCAUUGGAAAAGUAUCCCAACUCACCAAUGACUGCAAAACAAAUACUGGAAGUCAUUCAGAAAGAAGGGUUAAAAGAAACAAGUGGAACCUCUCCAUUAGCUUGCCUGAAUGCAAUGCUUCAUACUAACACUCGUGUAGGUGAUGGAACAUUCUUCAAAAUCCCUGGGAAAUCAGGACUCUAUGCUCUCAAAAAAGAAGAAUCAACAUGCCCUACAGAUGGAACAUUGGAUUUAGGAUGUGAAUCUGAGUUAGAUGGCACUGAAAUGGCUGAGACAAACAAUAAUAAUGGAGAAGAAAAUGGUGUUUGCCCAAAGCAGACAUCUGAGGAAAUGUCUUCCAAUCGUGAUUCAAGCCUUACGAAUGCACCAGUGCAAAGCAAGCUAGUAUCUUCCUUCCAGCAUCACACAAAGAAAGCACUUAAACAGGCUUUGAGACAACAGCAGAAAAGAAGAAAUGGAGUCUCAAUGAUGGUAAACAAGACUGUUCCUCGUGUUGUUUUGACACCAUUAAAGGUGUCCGAUGAGCAGUCGGAUUCACCUUCAGGAUCGGAAUCUAAAAAUGGUGAAGCAGAUGGUUCUGAUAAAGAGAUGAAACAUGGGCAAAAGUCUCCAACUGGAAAGCAAACAAGCCAGCACUUAAAGAGGUUAAAAAAAUCAGGUUUAGGACAUUUGAAAUGGACCAAAGCUGAGGAUAUUGACAUAGAAACACCGGGAUCUAUUCUAGUGAACACUAACCUGAGGGCUUUAAUAAAUAAACACACCUUUGCUUCUUUACCUCAGCAUUUUCAACAAUACCUCCUGCUUUUGCUUCCAGAAGUAGACAGGCAGAUGGGGAGCGAUGGAGUUUUGCGCCUCAGUAGCUCCGCUCUAAAUAACGAGUUCUUCGCAUAUGCAGCGCAAGGGUGGAAACAGCGACUGGCAGAAGGAGAAUUUACACCAGAAAUGCAGUUGCGCAUCAGACAAGAGAUUGAAAAGGAAAAGAAAACAGAACCUUGGAAAGAAAAAUUCUUUGAAAGGUUUUAUGGUGAAAAGUUGGGAAUGUCAAGAGGAGAAUCAACAAAGCUCACUGCAGUGCAGAACAAUGAUGAAGAUGAAAGCAAUUCUUUGUGCGGAUCUUCUGGCACACCUGGUCCUUCUAAGCAAGCAACCUUUGAGGAUCAAGAGGAGAAAGGUGCUAAAGUUCCACCUUUACCAGAGAGAGAGUAUAGUCCAUCUCAUUCUAGUAUGGAACAGGUUCCUGUCAAGGAUCUAACAGCAGAUUCUGAAGAUAUACUGAUACCUGAAGAAUCAGUCAUUCAGGAGGAAAUUGCUGAAGAGGUCGAGACAAGUAUUUGUGAAUGCCAAGAGGAGAACCAUAAGCCAGAACAUGAGUUUUCUGAGGAGUCUGUAAGUCCAGGUGGCACAAAUGAGGAAACAGAGGCAGUACAGCUUGCAGACAGCACUGAGUCCUGUGUCAUGAUGAAUGAUGUAACUGAUACUGUAUCUCGCACUGAAAUUAAAGUAGAGUUGAAGUCAGAAUGCCCUCAGGAGGAGAUGUCAGUUGUGAUAGAUCAGCUGGAGGAUUGCAUAUCACCAGCACGAUCAGCUUCAUCCACAAACUCUGUCAGCGGUACAGCUGAGAAGGAUUCUGAGUCUGCAAAAGAGCUAAUUGUGCCAGAAAUGCAAAGUGCUGCUCUGGAAGGCUCCUUGUUCGCUGGUGGAGGCGUUGCAGUGGAUAUGGAGCUUCAUAGCGACCCUGAGGAACAGUUGUCUGAGAAUGCUUGUAUUUCUGAAACUUCCUUUUCCUCUGGAAGUCCAGAAGUUUGUAUUGCCUCUCCUGGAGGAGACACUCAGUCGACUUCAGAGGAACCCUGUACUCCAGCAUCUCUUGAAACAGCUUGCUCAUCUGAAGUGUCCAGUUCUGAAAAUAUUGAAGGUGAUAGUCAGCAAAAGGCCAGUGAUGAGAACUUGCACACACCCUUAAUGUCAGAAAUGUCUCCAAUGUCCACCUCACCUGUAACCUCAGAAGCAUCUUUGAUGUCAAAUUUACCUUUAACAUCAGAGGCAUCACCAGCUUCUAAUUUACCUUUACCAUCAGAAACAUCUCCAAUGUCUGAUUUGCCUUUAACAUCAGAAACAUCUUCAGUAUCUUCUGUUCUUCUAACUUCUGAAACAUUUGUGACAAAUAGUUUGCCUCUUCCAUCAGAGAUAUCUCCAGUUUCUAAUUCCCCAAGCAGUGAAAGACUUACUCUGCAACAAAGGAAAUCACCAUGUUUGUUGGAAGACUCCCUUCCCACUCUGAAAGAAGAAAGCUCUGUCAUUCCUAAGGUGGUUCAAGAAGAGAAUCUUGUUCAGCCAAAACAACAUCAGAGUGCCCCUGAAAAUAUGAAAGUUGGUCCAUUAACAAUUAUACCUGAUACUUCAGUAUUGGAAGAGUCCCAAAGCAAAAACCUCAGUCAUCAACCAUGUAAGUCACAUUCUGAAAUUGAGAAAUCCUACAUUGCAUCCAUCCCAGAACACACUGUUCCAGAGGUGAUCAAAAAUAAAAAUCACAGUGUUCAGCAAAGAAGUGACAAGAAAGGUACACUCUUGCCUUCAGAGGUGUCUGUCUUAUCCGAAGGAUCACUUGGCAAAAAUAUCGAAUUGCUUCCAUCAAAGCCACAUGAUAAACUAUAUACCUCAUCUCUAGAGAAAGCUACAUUCUCUGAAGUGUGCAGAAGUAAAUCUCACAAGCUAACAGGCAGCACCCAAAAUCGUUUAGAGAGUUCACAUUCUUCCAAGUCUUUAGAACCCACAAAAUCACCGGAAGCAAGAAAUGACAGUAGAGACCCAGAGAUCCCAAAGAGGAAAACAGCAGAACAGCACAGUUUUGGAAUCUGUAAAGAGAAGAGAGCUAGAAUAGAUGAUGAUCUGCCUAAUCGUAGUGCUUCAUCAACAAGUCCAUCUGAUAAAGAACAGCCACCCAGAGAGGAACCCCGAGUUCCACCCCUUAAGAUUCAGCUUUCAAAAAUUGGACCACCUUUUAUCAUCAAGAGCCAGCCUGUUUCUAAACCAGAACCUCGAGUUUCCCCAAGUACAUCAGUCAGCAGUGGGAGAAACACUGGGGCUAGAACUCUGGCAGAUAUCAAAGCAAGAGCUCAGCAAGCAAGAGCCCAAAGAGAAGCUGCAGCUGCAGCAGCCGUGGCAGCAGCUGCCAGCAUAGUCUCUGGUGCAAUGGGGACCCCAUGCGAAGGUGGAAAGACAAGAACGCUGGCACACAUCAAGGAGCAAACAAAGGCCAAGCUAUUUGCAAAGCAUCAAGCCAGAGCUCAUUUACUCCAGACUAAUAAAGAAUCUAAGUCACAGUUCAGCUCAAAGGAAAGUAGUACCUCAUCUCUGGAGAUACCAACGACUGCUGACACAAAGAUUGAAGGUUCUACUGGUGUCAUUAUAGUUAAUCCUAACUGCAGGUCCCCUAGCAACAAGUCUUCUCAUCACCGUGAGACCACCACUUUGUUGCAGCAGUCCCUUAACACAGCUGCAUUACCAGAAACUGCUACUGAGAUAUCUGUGCACAGUUCUGAUGAUAUACCUGUGCCACAAUUGUGUGAGAAAAUUAUUUCAUCUACCUCUACUGAAAGUAACAGUGUGCCAGUGCUUUAUAAUAAAAGUUCAGUCUCUGUGUGUGUUUGCAGCACUGCUAUGUCUGGAGCAAUUAAAGAACUUUCUUUUGCAAGUUCUGUUGAUAAAUCCUCUGUGUUAAUGUCUGUUGACAGCGCAAACACAGCAAUUUCAGCCUGUAAUAUAAAUAUGCUGAAAACCAUCCAAGGGGCUGAUACUCCAUGCAUAACUGUUGGACCAAAAUGUAUCGAUAGCAGUAAUGUACCAGUCUCCAUAGACAACACAGUCUUAUCAAACGCCAUCGAUGACAAAAGAUUGCCAGUACCCAGUAGCAAUGUGAAUAAUGCAGUUUCCGGUCAUUAUGCCACUGUGCCAGCUUCAUCUAUUGCAAGUAACUUGCCAAAUCAUCUCUCUGGUAGUUCUGUACUGAUUCCUCCAGUGGGGACUACCAACAGAUUUCCUUCUGACAAGAUAGCCAUAACUGGGUGUAGCGAGCAGAGCACUGUCUCCAUCCACACUACCGUCAGGUCAGCUUUAAGUUGCAGUGAGGCCCUUGCAGCAGCAGAUUCUGUUGCAAGGCCACCUAUCUCAAUGUUUACUGGUAACAUGGUGACAAUAAGCUCUUAUGAUAAUGCUACUAAAUUGAAUGCUGACCUCUUAGAAAAAAGCUCUGGAGCACGGAACCGGAUGGAUCUCUCUGGUAAAUCUCAUCCACUGAGCUUUACGCAAACUGCCAUGAAUAGGUCUAUACCUUGUAAAGUCAUUGUUGACCACACUACAAACCAGAAUUCCAGUCUGUCACUUUCUUCCUCUAUUGAAAACGUAGAGAACAGCAUUGACCUGCAGAGCAGACCUGUAAGGACAGAAGCUGCCUUACAAAGUAUAGCUUGUCCUCAGGUGUCUGUCAUAAGCAGGCCUGAAGUGGUUGCUAAUGAAAACCUUGAGCACAGUUCCAGCUUUAUCGCCAUUACAGCAAAGCAAGACAGCAAAAACUUGCAGGCAGGUUGUUCAAGUCUUCGAGAAGUGCCUCUUGCUCCUCAAGAUAAAUUAAUUGAGGUGGUUCCUACCAGCCAAGGCUUUGCUGAGCAACUAAGAGGUCCUUCAGCACUGAAAAGUGAAGCCAAUGCUGCCUGUGCCAGUCAGUACAACACUAACAAUAGAAUUUGUUGGCGUGAUGAGGAGGCAAUGAAUACAGACCAGCCAGUGGUCAGCCAUCUUACCUCUGGUAAGCAUAAGGAAUACACAGAGCAAAAUUGCUUGAAAAAUGUCAAAAGUGAACCUUCCAGUUACACACAAAUGUCAGAACUGCAAUCCAGGAGUCUUUUGACAAGCAUUGCUGUUCCUGUUAAACUGGAAACUAAUGAGACUGACAAGUGCUUCAGGAUGGACACCGAGGAUUUUACAGGACCUGAAAUGCCUGCCCAGACUGCAGAAAUAGCCACGAGUGUGCAGCCACCACAGACCUCCAAGACAUCCAUCGCAGACUCCAUGGAAGACUCCCUGUCCCUGACAACAGAAACCCUAAAGAGAGUUACGAGUGCCGGGGGCUCUAGCUGUCGCUUGUCGUCAGUGGAGGCCAACAAUCCCUUAGUGACACAGUUACUGCAGGGCAAUCUGCCUUUAGAAAAAGUGCUGCCGCAGCCCAGAUCAGGAGCCAAACUAGAAAUUAACAGGCUUCCCUUGCCUUUGCAAACUACCUCAGUAUGUAAAACAGUAGUGGCUGAGAGAAAUAUUGUUGAACAUGCUUCCAACUCUCCUAAUCCAGAUGGUAAAGGAUUUGCAGCAGGCAGUAUAGCCCCACUACAAAUCAGGAAGCGUGAAAACCAUCCGAAAAAGAGGAUGGCCAGGACUAUAGGGGAACAUGCUCAAAUUAAAUGUGAGCCUGGGAAGGUGUCAAUGGACACAGAUGUUAAAGUGGCUCCUUGUGUAAUUAGUUCCAGCAUGAAUCAACUAGGGCACGGACAGCCAUUUAAGCAGGAGUGGCUUAACAAACACACCAUUCAGAGCCGGAUCGCUCACAGCCCAGAGAUCAAGCAGCAGAAGAGACCGUUGCCUUCAUGCAGUUUCCAGCAGAGCUUAUUUCACAUUGAUAAAAAUGGCAGCUUUCACGCAGAAGCCAGUACCUCACACAGACAGCAUUUUUACCAAAUGUCCAUGGCUGCAAGAGGCCCCAUUCCUACGGCAGCUUUGUUGCAAACUACUUCAAAAGGCCCACCUGGCUGCAACGCAUUUGCUUUUAGCAGACACCUGGAACAGAAGGGUUUGGGAGACGUGAAUAUUUCUACAGCAGCUCACCAGCUGAGGCUAGGAAGUGUGUUUUCCCCUAAUAUUCAAAUUAAGGAAGGUGAUGACAUUGCCAGUGCCUCUCAAACUCUGCAGAGUAAAACAUUAGCGCAUCCCCCUGCUCCCCCUCCGCCCCUGCCACCUCCUCCCCCUCCUCACCCAAAUGCAGAAGUCCCCUCUGAUCAAAAACAACCGACAGUUACUAUGGAAACCACUAAAAGACUUAGUUGGCCUCAGCCAGCAAGCAUCUGUAGCAAUAUAAAAUCUGAACCUAUUUCUUUUGAGGAAGGUUUAAGCAGCAGCUGCGAACUGGGCAUGAAACAAGCUUCCUAUGAUCAGAACGAAGUGAAAGAACAGUUAAAAGCGUUUGCAUUAAAAAAUGCAGAUUUCUCUUCCUAUUUACUUUCUGAACCACAGAAGCCUUUUACCCAACUUGCUGCUCAGAAAAUACAGACGCAGCACCCACAGCAGCAGCAGCAGCAGCAGCAGCUCUGUGGAAAUUAUCCAACAAUACACUUUGGUAGCACAAGUUUCAAAAGGGCAGCAUCUGCAAUUGAGAAAUCGAUUGGAAUUUUAGGAAGUGGUUCAAACACUGCCACAGGCCUGUCUAACCAGAACGCGCAGAUCCCGGUUCAGAAAUUUGCUGACAGCAGCAACGCCGAUGAGCUGGAACUGAAAUGCUCCUGCAGGCUGAAAGCCAUGAUCGUGUGCAAAGGCUGCGGAGCCUUCUGUCAUGAUGACUGCAUAGGGCCUUCCAAACUGUGUGUAGCUUGUCUGGUGGUGCGGUAG